CACACACACAAAAAAAUCCCAGGAUGCCCCAGAAUGCAGUUUCUUUUCUUCAUGACGUGUUGUAAAGCACAUCAGCUAUUCCUUGUUGCUGUGCAGAUCACCCAACAUCGGGUCACUGAGAGAAGGCAGAGCUUGCUUGCACAGCUGAUAGGAUUAGGAGAUGGUGCUUUGUCAGCCCUGAUUGAGUCCCAGAAAGUCUCCAGCAUACACAGGUGCUUCCUUCUGGACGGCGGCAGCGGCGACGCGAGGACUCCGCGGGCAGCGGCACGAUGGGGCCACUCCGAGAGACCAAGCAGGAACAGAGAGUGCAGCAUCAUGAGAAAGAGAUUUCCCGAAGCCGAAUUCCUCGUCUGAUUCUUCGACCCCAUCUGCCCCAACAACAGAACAAAAUAUCUCCAGCAUCUGAGUCUCCCUUCUCUGAGGAAGAGAGCAGAGAAUUCAACCCCAGCAGCUCUGGGCGCUCAGCAAGGACCAUUAGCAGCAACAGCUUCUGCUCAGAUGACACGGGCUGUCCUAGUAGCCAGUCAGUAUCUCCUGUGAAGACACCCUCAGACACUGGAAACAGCCCAGUUGGCUUUUGUCCUGGAAGUGAUGAAGACUUUACCAGAAAAAAAUGCACAACUGGAGUGGUUGGUGAAGGAAGCGUCCAGUCAGCUCGACAUAAGAAGGAACCAAAGUCUGGCCUUGUAAAGCCAGGGAGUGAAGCCGAUUUUAGCUCUUCAAGCAGCACGGGUAGCAUUUCCGCUCCUGAGGUCCAUAUGUCUGCUGCGGGAAGCAAGCGGUCCACUUUUUCACGCAAUCGAGGUUCCCAUGGGCGGAGCAAUGGAGCUUCAUCACACAAAUCUGUCAAUAGCCCACCAUCCCCACGGGAAAAAGACCUUCUGUCCAUGUUGUGCCGAAACCAGCUGAGUCCCAUUAACGCCCAUUCCAGUUACGCACCUUCUUCCCCAAGUAGUAGCAACUCGGGCUCUUACAAAGGAAGUGACUGCAGCCCAAUCAUGAGGCGUUCUGGAAGGUACAUGUCUUGUGGUGAAAAUCAUGGUGUCAAACCCCCAAAUCCAGAGCAGUAUUUGACCCCUCUGCAGCAGAAAGAGGUCACAGUGAGACACCUCAAGACCAAACUGAAGGAAUCGGAGCGCCGGCUUCAUGAAAGGGAAAGUGAAAUUGUGGAGCUAAAGUCCCAGCUGGCCCGUAUGAGAGAAGACUGGAUUGAAGAGGAGUGUCACCGAGUGGAAGCCCAGUUGGCACUCAAGGAAGCCAGGAAAGAGAUAAAACAACUCCGACAGGUCAUUGAAACCAUGAGGAGCAGCUUGGCUGAUAAAGAUAAAGGCAUCCAGAAGUAUUUUGUGGACAUAAACAUCCAAAACAAGAAGCUGGAGUCUCUCCUUCAGAGUAUGGAGAUGGCACACAAUGGCUCUCUGAGGGAUGAGCUGUGUCUAGACUUCCCGUGUGGUUCCCCAGUAAAAAGCUUCACACUCAACACCCCUUUUGGCAAGAUGGCAGAUGGGCUGUCCCUGGAAGAGCAGGUCACAGAGGAAGGGGCUGACACCGAGCUGAUGGUGGGAGAUAGUAUGGUCGAUGGUACAGAUUUGUUGGAUGAGAUGGUGACAGCCACCACCACCGAGCCUGGUGACCUAGCCCUUCUGCAUUCUACUCCUGGGGCAAAGGUCCUUGAGAUCCUCCCCAUUGCGGGGCAGCAAGAGGAGGGCAGUGUGGUGGUGGAGCAAGCUGUCCAGACGGACGUGGUGCUGUACAGCCCUGCAGUCUCCGAGCUCAUUCAGAGCCUGCUCAAGCUCCAGGACCCCUGCUCCUCGAGCUCAGCAUCCCCUGAUGAAUCUGGAGCUGAGCUGACAGAAAGCUCCCCAGAGGCCAUCCCUAGUUUAGUGAUCGAUUUAACUCCAAGAAAUCCAAACUCAGCCAUCCUUUUGUCUCCUGUGGAGACACCAUACAACAAAGUGGAGGUGAAAGCUCAUGAAAACCAUCUCAUGAAAGAGCUGGAUUUUGCAGCCUAUACAGAAGAAAGAUUGGACAGCAUCAUCCCGUUACCUCCGGGGGAUGUGGCUAAGCAGUACUGGAGCAGCAGUUUUCUGGUGGAUCUCCUGGCUCUGGCUGCCCCUGUGGUCCCUACAGUUUUGUGGGCAUUCAGUACUCAGAGAGGGGGGACAGAUCCUGUCUACAACAUCGGAGCUUUGCUCCGGGGCUGCUGUGUGGUUGCCCUGCAUUCGCUCCGCCGUACCGCCUUUCAUAUCAAAACCUAAAUAGAAGUUGUUACAGCGUAUCAGUCUGUCCUGUGUGGCGUUGUGCCAGAUGGAGAAACAGCAGGUGGAUCUGUGGCGGUCUCUAGUCUGUCGUUUUGCUCCUCGGUCUUUGAUUUGCACUAUAUUUAGUUAAAGCCUGCUCACUGUCUAAAACUGGAGGUAUCUUCAAAGGCAAGGAGACCUGGCUCAAGUCAUUGUCCCACCAGUGUGAUAUAGAAAGCAUGCUCUUGACCCUGCCGUGUUGUCUGAGGUGCCCGUUCUUACCCCGGUGGUUCAGGAAGAGAAGAUGCAAAAUUUGCACUUUGAAGACAGCUUCUGUAAGGCUGGCAUGUUAUUCCCUUGCUUUGCUUUGUACCGUUUUAAAAUGUGUAAUUGUUCCAGCAAUCCAGUGGUCUUGUGCAUAGCAGGGGGCAGUAACCAAAAAUAAAAAUGUCUUUUGUGUGAUCAGUUUGAAGAAGUCUUGAAUAGCUCUUUAGAGUCUUACUUGAAGUUGAUAAAGCGCCUGAGUACAUUUUUUUUUAAACUAAAUGUAGCUCUAAAGUCUUAAAUGGCUUAUUUGUUCUUAAACCUGUUAAUUGAUGAAAUUGUUUGUAAGUUUACAAUGUAUUAAUUGCUUACUAUAUAUAGUGUUUUAUUGGAAGUUGUUUGUAACCACACAUUUAAGCAUGACAGAAUAAAGAUUAGUAUUUCCAUUGAAAUAAAUGUUUUCUCCUCCUAUAAGACAAU